AAAAACAGCAGCAGAACUCUUCAGUGUCGAAGUUAGUGUUGUUCGCCUGGCAACAUGGCUGCGUCUAAGUCGACGUGGAGCUACCUCCCGCAAACUUUACUAGGUUUUGCCGUAUUUAUUUCGAAUUUUCUAGUUGCAUAUAGUGACAAUAACUCUACGAACAAUGCGGAGUCGAAGCUCCCUCCGACAGUCUUGAUAGCAUUAGCUGUGCGCAAUGAAGGACACGCCUUACCCUGGGUUCUCGGUCAGUUAGAAAUCCUCAACUACCCCAAAGAUCGCAUUUCUUUCUGGAUACGCAGUGAUCACAACAUUGACAACACAUCAGCUAUAUUGAAAGAAUGGGCAAGCCAUGCCAAAAAGUAUUAUCAUUCCAUAGACUUAAAGAUUGAUGAAAAAUCCUCUGGCUAUGCAGAUGAAGAAUCUCCCUGCCAUUGGGUAAAAGAACGGUUUCUUCAUGUGAUGAAUCUGCGACAGAAAGCCUUGGAGAAAGCCAAAAAAGUGUGGGCCGAUUACCUCUUUUUGAUGGAUGCCGAUAUUGUCAUUGAGAACCAAGACUUGUUUUCCAUUCUCAUACAUCAGAACAAACCCAUUAUUUCACCUCAGCUUAAUGUAUCAACCGACAGCCUCUACUCCAACUUCUGGUGUGGGAUUAAUGAAUAUGGAUAUUAUCAAAGAACACCAGAUUAUGAACCAAUCGUCCGGUGGAACAAACAGGGUUGCUUUGAAGUACCAAUGGUUCAUUCUGUCUACCUGAUUGAUAUGAACCAUGUUGGGGUGAGGAAACUGUCAUUCAAGAAAGCCCCACCUGGAUAUAAGGGGCCGUUUGAUGAUAUCAUUCAGUUUGCUUUUGCUGCCAAAUAUGCCGGAAUGUCGAUGCAUAUCAUCAACACAGAAUUUUUUGGACAUCUUAUGGUUCCUUUAGAGUCAAAAGAUUCUUUAGAAGAUGAGGUUGAACAGUUUCUGCACAUUAAACUGGAAAUGAUUGUUAUCGAGCCCCAACUCCGUCCCUCUCGUUUCAUUUCUUUCCAACGAGUUAAAAGUAGCAAACUUGGCUUUGAUCAGGUAUAUCUCAUUAAUUUGAUCCGACGUCCAGAAAGAAGACGGAAAAUGCUUACUUCUCUGAGAGAACUUGGCAUUGAAAUCUUUAUUUUGAAUGCAGUUGAUGGAAAAACUCUGAAUGACACAUAUCUGAAGCAGUUAGGUGUGAAACAGCUACCUGGGUAUGCAGAUCCUUAUCACGGAAGGCAGAUGACAAUGGGAGAAAUUGGCUGCUUUUUAAGUCAUUUUGUCAUAUGGAAAGAUGUUGUCGACAAUAAUUACAGGAAAGCCCUCGUAUUUGAAGACGAUGUACGGUUUGAAAUAUUCUUCCGACAGAAGCUUGAAAAACUACUUUAUGAAUGUGAAUAUAUUGUCAGAAACUGGGAUCUUGUAUAUCUUGGCAGAAAAAGAUUAUUUCGAAAACCAGAACCUGAUGUACCUGGCACAACAAUGUUGGUUUGGCCCAACUAUUCCUACUGGACGUUAAGUUACAUCAUGACCCUUGAAGGGGCUCAAAAGUUGUUGGAUGCUGAUCCCUUGUCCAAAAUGAUACCCGUUGAUGAGUAUAUUCCGGUCAUGUUUGACCGACAUCCAGAAGAUGAAUGGAAAUCCUUUUUCUUCCCCCGCAAUUUGGUUGGACUGUCGGCAGAACCAUUACUUGUGUAUCCAACACAUUAUACUGGAGAAGCAGAGUACUUGUCUGAUACUGAAGACUCAGACCUGAUUGAAGGUAAAGAGGAAGAGGAAGACGAAAAUGAAAUUGCCGCCGCUGGUCUCAAUGUUGACAGUCCGAAAGUGGAACUGUGAAAUACUUAAACAUAAAACACACACACACACACGCACACACACACACACAGCUUAUAAGAGUUGGAUUUAGCCAGUAGUUGGGUCCAGUGCCUGAAGAGCCUAGAACAGGUACAAGGAUAUCUGGCUUUUCCCUAAAAGAAAUCUUAGCCAUCUUGAAUUUUGAGAGAACUCCCCCAUCCAGGGGCAGAAGCAGUCUUGUUCCCUUGUUCUAUUUUGCCAAAUUUCUUUUCAGGCUUUGCACACACACACACAUUUAGUAUUUUAUUUUUACAAGGAAAACGUUGACAGUAACUUUGAAAUAUUGGUUUCAUAUUCAUCUGGAUUGAUGACAGUUACUAACCUACUACUUCGAUGUCACUGUCACCAUUUCCUUGUAAAAGCCAAAACAUAAAAUAAAAUAUGGUUCUGUACUGAAAGGAAGAGAUGGGUUCUUCAAAAUAAUGUUUGACUAUUUUUAUAUAGAGCUACACAAACAUUGAUAUUUUAUAAGCCACACAAGUAGACCCAUUCUAAAGCAUACGUGCACACACAGACACAUCUACACAUAAACACACACACAGAUUAAAGCAGCUUGUAAAACUAAUUUUGUUAUGAAAAUGUUACCAUGACAACAAUCAUUUAUAAUAAGAUUAGAGUUAAAUACAGAGAUACAAGAAAAAAUUUCCUGAACCUCGAAAGAGUUUUGCCCUCGUCCCUUUCCCAACUGACCUGUACAAAACCCCCCAUAAAUAACCAGUUAUUUCUAUUCUAAAAUAUUAAAUUUCUUUGUAUCAAAGUCAUUGAUAUUUUUAUACCAAAGUAAACUCAUCACAGUUCAGGUGAGAAAAAUGAAAAAAGAAAUUCAUUUUCAGUGGUGUUUUUUUUUUGCUUUUUCUUUUAAUCCCACAGACUUUUGGACUUUCAAAACAUUCUGAACCCCACCGCCACGACCUCUCCACUGA